UUAUGGAAUCUUUCAGGUAUGUGCUUAGCCUAUGAAGCACAUUCUUCAUCCAACUGAUUCCAUCUUCCUGUUACAGCCGUUAACAGAUCAGUCUUUUUGUGGAUCUUCCCCCCCUCAUCUUUCCAUAAAAAAUGUCAUUGGGUCUGAGACCUGGACACAUUAUGCAUGUUUUUCAUGUCCCAUAGUAAUGCCCAAAGUAAAUCCUCACACUGCCUAAAACAUAAUACUUUUUCUAAGUUUAAUUGAAGAUAGGAGUUAUCCCACUACUUUGGAUGGCAUCGUUUUAUUGACAUCCAACGUGGGAGCCAAACCUAGUCAGAUCUGGGUUUCGUACUCCUCUCACUGAGGUUGUGACAGAGCCGUUUGGAAACGCAACUGCCUCUUCUGGACUGAGGGCGUGUACUCCCUCUUUCAGCCCGCUCCUAUUUAUACCGCGUCUUUAUCUGUGCUCGUCACAGUUCAGCACAUCCAGCAAAAAACAAAAACGCUCCCACCAGAACUGACGAUGGCUUUCCCUCGCAUAGGACUCGCCUGUUUGCCGAUGCUGUUUCUCUUCUUUAGCCAAGGGAAUCCACGUUGCUCCAAUCCUUUAACAAAUAUUUUAAUCCAUAUCGAACCCUCCUGCUGCACAUCAGUCUCAAACCAAACGAUUAAUAAAGCUGUGGAUGCCUGCUAUGUGCAGAGGGACACGACAUUUUCUCACUGCAGAAUAAGCGCGUACAUCUUCACAGUAAAUGAAGAGGCCUGGUGUGUGGAUCCGAGAGCCCCGUGGCUGAAGAAAAGGCUCAGGAAGUUAGAAAAGCGAGGCAUAUAUUGUAGAGUCCUUUGAGGCCUCUCUGACAGCGGUUCAGAAGAUGAUACAUCGUGUCCUUCCGUGGAAAAGUCCUCCGGAGGCCGUUUUUGUGUGGGUUUAAAGCAAGCUUCCUAUGCUGUUUCUUUGUAAAAUUGUUUUAAGGAUAUCAUCUGCUUCUACUGUCUGCAAUCAAAUAAGAAUAACAGUUUCCUAUUACUGCUCAUGAGAUAAAAAAGCCUCUACCCAUCAAUAAAAGUUAUUUGUUUCAGACAUUCUUUCUCCAGAACUUCCUGAACGGCUUAAAAUAGUUGAACUAGUGUUUAAUAUUCAAACCGGUUUGUAAGUUUAAGAUAAAUAAGAUGAUCUGAAUUUUACUGAUCCCAGAAUAUCUGAAAAUGUCUGAUUUUAUAAUGAAAAUAUGGAAAAAAAGAAGAAAAAAAGAA